AACACAAAAUCUUUUCUUGUCUCCUCCUCCAGCUUCACAGUUACUACUCAAAAUCUAUAUGUAGACCCUUUUCACUUUUCAACGGUCACAUACAUACAUAAACUAGUACUAGUAUAGUACUCUACUAGUAGUCAAUAUAUCUCACCUACUUAUUUCAUCUAGCAGCUGCUCUUUAAAACCUUCCUAUCAUCAUCAUUAACAUACCCACACAGAAUGAGUUUCAUUUGGUUCAUACCCUUUUUAUUAUGUCUCUUAUUUUCUCCAUCUAAUGGUAAAAUAGCUGCAAAGCCUGGAGUGAACUAUGGACAACUCGGUGACAACCUUCCCAAACCUCACGAAUCCGCCAAGUUAAUCAAAUCCCUAAAAGCGGGCCGGGUCAAAAUAUACGAUGCAAACCCGAAAAUCCUCAAAGCAUUACAAAACACAAACAUUCAAGUAUCUAUAAUGGUCCCUAAUGAAAUCAUCACAAAUAUGUCAAAAAGUCAAACACUAGCCAACAAAUGGAUCCAAACCAAUGUUGUUCCUUUUUACCCACAUACCAAAAUCCGUUACAUCCUUGUCGGGAACGAGAUCUUGUCUCAGCCCGAUAAUGUCACUUGGUUUAACCUCGUACCUGCAAUGCGCAAAAUCCGGAAGUCAUUAGUUACACAUAAGCUAAAAAAAAUCAAAGUUGGUACUCCGUUAGCUAUCGAUUGUUUGGAAACAAGUUUUCCUCCUUCUAGUGGUAAAUUUCGGACUAGUGUAACGAAAUCCGUUAUUGUUCCGUUAUUGGAGUUUAUUAAAAGGACUAAAUCUUUUUUCUUUGUUGAUGUUUAUCCUUAUUUUGCUUGGGCAGCUGACCCUGUUAACAUUAAGUUAAACUAUGCUUUACUUGAACCAAAUGUUUCUAGUUAUACCGACCCCGUUUCUGGGUUGUUGUACUUUGAUCUGUUGGAACAAAUGUUAGAUGCUUUGUUUUUUGCUAUGAAACGGGCUGGGUACCCAGACACCCGCUUGUUUAUUGCAGAAACGGGCUGGCCCAACGGUGGGGAUAUUGAUCAAAUUGGGGCUAGUAUUUAUAACGCAGCAGUUUAUAAUAGAAAUGUGGUCAAAAGGCUGACCGAGAAGCCAACAAGGGGUACGCCGUUAAAACCUGGCGUAGUGUUCCCCUCGUUUAUUUUUGCUUUGUAUAAUGAGAACCUAAAACCGGGCCCUGGUACUGAGCGGCAUUUCGGGUUGCUGUACCCGAACGGGUCAAGUAUUUACGAUAUAGAUUUGUCGGGUCAGACCACAGAAUAUAAGAAGCCGUUGCCUAAGCCAACUACUAAUGAACCGUAUAAGGGAAAGAUUUGGUGCAUGGCGGUGCGUGGAGCUAACACGACAACGCUUGGUGGUGCCUUGUCUUAUGCUUGUGGGCAGGGGAAUGGUACAUGUGACCCGAUCCAACCCGGUGGGAAGUGCUUCAAACCCGAUUCGUUGUUCUGGCAUGCGAGUUAUGCAUUUAGUUCUUAUUGGGCCCAGUUUCGGAAGUCUGGUGGGUCCUGUUACUUUGAUGGGCUUGCGGUCCAGACAGCCAUAAAUCCAAGUUUUGGGCGAUGCAAGUUUCCGAGUGUUACGCUAUGAGAAAUGUUAGGGUGUGGAAUAAUUGAAGACUAGAACUGAUUUUAUUUUGGCAAGCUAAAAAUAUGAUGAAAGCCUAAGUAGUUUUUGCUGUUAGUUUAUGUUAUAUGUAUCUUUUAGAUCAGGAAUCAUUAAUCUGUUGUUGUAGACAAGUUAUAUUAUGGUUGAGUUGAUGUUAUAUCUGUUCAAGUUUAUUCAACAAAAUAUAAGAUGUUCCAUUAGAAAAGAUUGGUGGUGGAGCCCGUGGAGGUGGGCUUAAUGUUGGGUCGCAUUUUUGUGUAAAUCCUUUUGUAAAACGAAUAUUUCUCUUUUUUAUAAAGAACAUUUUCAAAAGACAA